CUAAGGUCUAGGUCAGAACUCAGUAGUUGAACUGUUCAGUAGUAUAUUCUGGUAAAAAUAACAUACACUCGAAGUACCUUGAAGUCAGAGACUGAUGCCAUUAUGUCUACUGGGUCAUGUUCUGAUCAUGUAGAUCAAUAUUGCCUAUGGCAAUGUCUGCCUUGUGUGUCCUGGGAGCGUUGGUGAUGAUCACACCUGCCUCAAUACUCUACCUUAAGGGGUAUGUGCCCCGUCCAGUGUUGUCUGUGGCGGCCCUUAUUGGGAUUGCUGUCUUCCAGAUGAUUGUGUUCCUGGUCAUUAUGGUACCACCACUUCGUCAGUUCGCAGUGUCUAAAAUGAAGGCCAGGCAAAAAAACAACAGCCAAGAUGAAACUGACCCUGAGACGCUGAUUCGAGCCUGGUGUGGAAUGAAGGUAGCUCAGACCAUGUGGAAGGCUCUGAAUGGCCGUAUCUAUGAUAACGUUGUGAUUGGAAAACCAGCCAAGGAUGUUCAGGUAGUUGCUCUUGACAACACACAACACACUUUGAUGGAGUUUGCAAAGAAGGGCAGGCCAUUGGUACUGAGGAUGAAAGGAAAACUGUUGGAAGAUAUUCACCUGCAGGACUUCAAGGAGGCCACGGAGACACUAUCAAGUGUUGCCGACUUCUUAGUUGUAUACAUCAUGGAGGCUCACCCUACAGAUGGAUGGGCCAUCCCCAACUGGCCCUAUCGCCUGCCACAACAUCGACAACUGGCUGACAGGCUACGAGCAGCAGCUACAUUCAAGGAAGACAAUGCCAUUUCCUGCGAUUUUGUCGUGGAUUUGAUGGACAAUUCUGCCAACAAGGCUUUCUCUGCUUUUCCAGACCGCCAUGUUAUCAUUCAUAAUGGAAUAGUUUCCUAUGCCAGCACCUUCAAGCCAGGAGUUGACAAAGAACCAUUAACAGAGAUAAUUAACAAUAUUCUAAAUUAG